ACAGUCUCGAGACGAUGACGAUUAAAUUUUCAUUCGUUAGAAACAUGAAACACAUCACAUGACCUGUCAUAUGAUUUGAGGUCACCGCCAUCGGAGAUUGAUUGAAUUUCGACGGUAAUCGGAGGAGAAAAUCUUAUCUUCAAGAGCAAGGAAGUAAAAAGUAAAGAAAAAAAUGGUUGUGCAACUUUUUAUUGCGGCGUUGAUGAUUGCAUUAAGUGCAGCAGCUGACAUUAAAUUCCCAGAAACGGGUGACGCAUGUAUUCUCAUCAAUUUUAAGAGUAAUAACAGUCUGAGUUGGACACCAAAAAAUGGAUCAGAAAUGGCUAUUCCAAACUGGAAUAUCUCAAAAUCCACUUACAAAAUUGAUGAUGGGAAUUGCACAGGCACGCCAUAUGUUGUCAUAAAAUUCUUUGUUGACAAUGCUACCAUGAGAUUCGAUUUUAAUAAUGCUACAAAUAAUGUUGAUGUCAAGAUGACCUUGGAUUUUGUACCAGAGAUUGUUUUUGGUAGCUUCAACAACACAGAUAACAGUACUGUGUCCAUAUCCACUAGCCUAUAUGCUGGAACUGUUGAGGAGGCAUACAAGUGUAAUGCACAGAAACAAGCAGCUGGUAAAGACAAGAGUGUCGAAUAUGGUCUUAUUUUGAGAUUCACAGACAUGAAGAUCCAAGGUUAUGGUGUAGAAAAUAGCACGUUCAGUAAAGAUGUCGUCGAAUGUGAUAAAGACAUAACAACCACACAGGAAACUACAACCGAACAUAUUACAACUGCAACAAACCCUCCAACUACUGCAGUCCCUACAUCUGCACCGAAAGUGACACUUAAAGCAACCGACGGUAACGCUACCUGUGCAAUGAUGAUGGGAAAAUUUACCUUUAUCAUUCCAUACAAUGGCACUAAAAAGACAUCCAAGACUGCGAAUAUUUAUAUUCCAAAAGAUGUAAAAACUGAAGGCAAGUGUAUGAAUGCCAACAAAACAGAUAUUCUGACCGCUAACUUUUAUGGAGACAACUUUAAGAUGACCUUUGCAUUUAAAGGCGACAAGGACAAUAUCUGGCUAGACCAAUGGGAUGCCACAAUUGUAUAUGCAGAAGAAUUUUUCCCUGAUAUAGAUGCCGACCAAAAGGGUAAAAAUGCCAGUUUCUCUGUAACAUUUGAUAAGGCAUUUAAAGCGAAGAAUACAGGAUCCUACCUGUGCGACUCUGAUACAACAACUGGUCUUAAAAACGGGCUUGAACUUAAGACGACUGACUUCCAGUACACCGCUCUACAAUCUAAUGUAACAAAGUUCGGAGAUAAAGAUGUUGCAGAGUGCACUGCUGAUGCUAAAACAAGCAGUGUUGUACCGAUUGCUGUAGGAGCGGCACUUGCUGGCCUCGUUGUCAUAGUACUGAUUGCUUACCUGAUUGGUCGUAGACGUAACAGGAAGGGAUACGAGUCUGUGUAAACAUGAACAAAACAAUAACAAUUUACAGUGAUGAAGAUUAACUUUUUAUGGAUUGUUAAGUAACUGAACAAAGAAAAAAAUCGCAAAUUGCAUAUUUUGAAUUUUUAUUGACACGAUAUCAUUCUUUUAAGAUCAUAUACCAGAUACGUCCGUUAAAAAUUAUGAUGUGCUUCAAGGAAUUAAGUAUCAAAUUCAUUUUUCUGUGCCAAACUUAAGCUACACUAAUAUUUAGGUAUAACUUAUUGCACUUCAGAACAUGUGCUUAUGGGCAGUAAAUACUUAAAAAAAAAUACCUUAUCAGCAAAGCUGUCGUUUGUGAAAAUUCAGGACAAACAAAUAAAAUGCAUUGUAUGAACUAAUUAAUUUAUUUGAUAUUCUUAGUGUCAGAAGAAUGUAUUACAUUUUUUUCUUUCUUAUUAAAUUAAAAUCUUACAAAAAUCUUUAGUUUUUAAUGGACAAAUUGUUGUUGUUAUUUUUUGUAAUAAUCUAUCUAUAAAUAAAACGAAAUAUUCUGUCAUUUUUUUUUUUUCAGAUAUGUUAUUUUUACUUUGUUGUUUUUUCCAAUAACAAAGUUGAAAUGUUUUGUUUUAGAAAUGAAUAAUUGCGUUAAUUAUAUAUAUAUAUAUAAUUUUUUUAAUUGAGUUAAUAUUUCACUUGCUUUCUGAGAAUUGUAUAAUGGAAAUAUGGCCGAUUAGAUAUGUGAAUAUUACCAAUUUUUAGAGAUUUAUAUGAAUAAUGUAGGGAGUUUCUUACAUGGAAGGCUACAAAAAUGACAAAGUAUUGGAUUCGGCUGUGUAUAUAUUAUGAAGGGUAGUUUCUAUAUUCAAGCUGGUAGGGUUGAACAGGGUUGGUUUGCAGAGAGACUUUUAUAAUAGAAGUCGAUAUUCUUGAAUGCUAACCCUGUUUCUAUGUUGGUAGCUAUUGGGCCGGCAUUGAUUAUGUAAGAUUAUCUAUGUGGUCAGGCUGCCAUUAGGAUACAUUAACUUUAUUUAUGUGAAAAAAAUUAAACUGGGAAGUCUUUUUCUCAUGUAUAGAGCCAGGCCACAUGCCAAAGUGUGAUGUUGGGCCUCUGGCUGAGUGGUUGAAGUUGCUGAAUAUUUAUCACUUGCAAAUCCUAACCAACAUGGGUUUGAUAAGUUUUAUACUUUUGUGUGAGGAAGCUACAUGUAUGCAGCUAGCUUACAGAAUGUUGGUGGUUUUAUUUGGGUGCCCACUCGUGCCGAAAAUAAUGCACUAAUAGAGCAAUAGAAAGUUAGUGUGAGGUGCGGCCAGGCUCUGUACUGUUGACUUAGUGGUAGGAUAGUGUUGCUGAAUUCCUUAAUAUUUCUAAUGGACUCUUCCUAGUUCAAAACAGGGCAAGCCCAUUAUGUAAAAUUUAGGUCGUUCUUGUGAAAAGGUUGAGAACGAAAAUGUUAACAAUGGCUCGUUGAUCACUAUUUUUUUCAUUCCAUUAAUUUGUACAUAUUAUCGUGAUAAUGCACAAAUUGUAUUUAGAUAUAUUGUACUGUAUUGUAUGCGUGUAUUUGUAGAGAAAUAGUAAAAUCGUGUUUAUAUGUCGGAAUGAAAAUAUUAUUUUUUAUUUUUUUGACAAUGAUUGUAGCUCAGUUUGUUUUUUUUGUGACGCUGGACUUAAGAAAUUAGUUCCUUUUUUCUGAAUGUUGCUGCAUUUUUACACUGUGUAAUUUGUUGGAACAAUUUUUGUAAGUUACGGAAAGGCGAAGGUUUUUCUUUGAAUGACUGUUUCGUAGUAAUCUGUGAAUAUUUACUUGUUUCCCUGCUCAUUUAAACGUUGUUUUGUGUACGCAAACUUAUUGUUACUGGCUUGAAAAAGAAAAGUUGUAAGUAACUCUUAUUGUAUGUGCUUUACUUUAAUAACAGUGUUGACAAGGUUGUAAAUAUUGAUAAAUUGAUUGAUUGAUUUGAUUGAUUGAUUGAUUGAUUUUGAUAUUUUUCUCAGUGUUCCAAUAUAUAAUGUUAUUUUGAGGUAAAUUGUCGCCAAAGAUUCUUUUGUCCAUAUUUUCAAUAAUUUUAUGUAGCUUUAGAAACUAUACAGGAUGGUGUAUUUUAAAAUUGGCCUAUAAUUUAAACUCUAUAUAUUCCUUUAAUAAUUAAAUAUUUGAAAGUAAAUGGUACUUUUCUAAGAAGCAACGUUGUAUAUUUGUAGCGGAAAAAAGUGUGAGAUGAUUUAUUUUUUAUUUGUUUCUAUCAGCUGAGCAUAAUUAUACGUAAUUAACUCAUGAAAUAUGAUGUUGUAUGUAAGUAUUAAGAAUGAUUUAGACCAGUUCAUGAUUUAGACCAGUUCAUGAUUUAGACCAGUUCAUGAUUUAGACCAGUUCAUGAUUUAGACCAGUUCAUUCAAGUGGAAAUUUUCCAAGAGUUCAAUUGAUUUGAUAAACUGAAAAAUAAAUAUACAGGUUGUAAUGUAAUUACAUAGAUAUUUGUCAACAUUUUAGGUAUAUUUUCUAUAUUUAUUGCCGAAUUUAUGCAUGCAUGUACAAAAAAAAUAAUUCCUGUACCAAUUUGAUGAAGAAAUGCAUGAUUGCUGAUGUUGAAUGAAAUUGGUUCGCAUAAGUGCAAGAUUUUUGUUAACUUGUUUAAGAAAAAAAGUCUAGUUACAAAAACAAAUCUUAAAUAAACAAAUCUUUAUUGUCGUGAACUUUAUAAAUGACUGGAGUUACGAUAGUUUAUCUAUGUAGGAGAUGUAGUAAUAUGAUGCCGAAGACAGCAUAUGUUGUGUUUGUUGAAUCCUUUGUUAACUAUGUCAUUCAAGAAAUUAAAAAAUUUUAGUGCCGAAACUGUCACAUGUGCGACUGUAUUUGUAAUGCAGUUCACUUUGUUAGACGGAAAGUACAGCCCCUGCCUUAAAUUAUCGAGGAGAUAUAAAAUUUUGGUGCGGAGGCACGUAUGUGUAUAAUUUAUUUCCUGUUCUUUGAGCAAAAUAAAUAAUUUUAUAAGUAUAUUGAUGAAUGAGAGAUAGAACUGUCUCGAUAAGGUGAUAUAUAAUCAGAAGUGCUAUAUUUUCACUGUUCUACAUGUAUAAUGAAUAUAUUGAUGCAUGUAGAUGAAUAAACUGUGCUAUAAAUAGCUUAAUACUCAAUAGUUUAAAUUCUUCUAUUUUAUUUCUUAUAAAAUGUGCUAAGUUGGUAUAAAAGUGCUGGUGAAUGAGUUAGUGCAAUAGGUAUAAAGUAUACGUUAUUAUCUGCACGUUAUGUAUUUCAUUAUAUAUAAAAAAUUAUUUCCCAUCUUGAGAUGAAACAUUUUUGUGUGUACAUUAGAAAAUAAUUUACAGUGUAAACAAACUUUUUUUUUUUAAAUCAGUGUUAUAAACUUUGUUAAGUUUACACAUGAUAAAUAGUUUAGAAGCAAAUAUUUGUUUUAGUACAUACUUACACGAUUUAUAUUUUACUUCAAAGUUAGUUUAAGUGUACUUUCAUCUCAUUUAUAAGUAUAGACUUUAAAAUUAAAGAAAUAAGAAUGUAAAAUAUGACUAGAUUUAGAUUGUGUAUUUUAUGAUGUGUCAGUCAGUAACAUGCGAAAUACAGUCAAACUCAUGUUAAAGACCACCUCUGACUAAAGAUUAUCAUGCUAUUAAAGACCAAUUUUUCAAAAAAAAAAAUUAAUUGAUAAAAUUAAACAGUAACCCCCAAAUACAGACCACUUGUCUGUAAAGGCCAUGUUUGGUCUCUCUAUUAGGUGAUCUUUGUUAACAUGUUUGACUGUAUUCACUCUCUAAGAUAAACACCAUGUAUUGUUAUCAUCUAUUUCACUGGUUUGUAGUUAGAUGUUGAAUAAAUGCUUAUUUUUUUGUAAAA